AUGGAUAUCGAUAUGAAUAAUAAUGACAAAAUGCAAGACAUUACAUAUACGAAUGAUCUUAGAGAUGAAGCUUUAAGCAAUCCUGAUAUUGACGAAGAAGAUGCUGACGAAUUUGAUCGCCAUUUUGGUGAUAAUCUAUCGUUGAAUGAUAUAAGUUCCAAGACAGAGAAAAUAGAUAAUAAACAUUGGAAUAUUUCCAAUUAUAAAGAUCCAAUAUUGAAAUCGAUAUCAAAAUAUUCAAUAGAACAAGAUUCAGAAUUGAAUGAAAACCUUGUUGGAAUUUCAGAGAUAAAUUUGAAUUCGCUAAAUAUUAAGGAAAAGUUACUUUGUUCUUGGAAAAAGUUAAAUGAUAGUAAAGAUUCAAUUUUAUCGGAACUACAAGCUGGCCUCUUUCAUCAUUUUAAUAAAUAUCGCGACAUUUUGUUCACCAAUCGUUCCGUGGAAAAUUCAAGGGAAAUACGACAAAUUUAUGCUUUACAUGCUUUAAAUCAUAUUUUUAAGGAAUUUCGUGAUCAAGGUUUCACUCGACCUAAGGUUUUGGUUCUACUACCAUUCCGUAAUUCUGCUCUUAAUUUAGCAGAAAUAUUCAUACAAUUAUCUGGAUCCGAACAACAAGAGAAUCGCAAGCGAUUUUUCGAUUCUUACGGUAUUUCCCCAGAUGAAGAAAAGAUUGACUUAAGCAAGCCAGUGGACUUUUUAGAAACUUUCAAGGGCAACAUCGAUGACAUGUUUCGGAUUGGUAUUAAAGUCACACGGAAGUCGAUAAAAUUUUAUGCCGAAUUUUACAAUGCAGACAUUAUUCUUGCCUCUCCAUUAGGAUUACGGAUGGUCAUUGGGACUGAAGGAGACAAGAAGCACGACUUCGAUUUUCUUUCUUCUAUUGAGAUAUUGAUAGUUGAUCAAUGUGAAACAUUUCUCAUGCAAAACUGGGAUCAUAUUGGGUAUAUAUUUAAUCAUCUGAAUUUAAUUCCAAAAAAAUCUCACAACUGUGACUUUUCACGUGUAAAGAAUUGGUAUCUUGACGGCAAGGCCAAGUAUUUUCGCCAGACUAUUAUUAUUUCCGAGUAUUUAACACCGGAAAUUAAUUCAUUGUUCAAUAAGCAAAUGUUUAAUAUCGCAGGAAAAUUAAAAACCAAAAGCCAUUAUGAGGGUACCAUCGUAAAUGUGAUUCCUCAGAUUAAACAGGUUUUUACUCGAAUAGAAUGUCCAUCAUUAAUUGAAACGGAUGAUAUUCGAUUCAAAUAUUUUAUCGAAAAGUUACUGCCUGCCCUUCAAAAAUCAAAUCCAAAGCUACCACAUACAUUAAUAUUUAUUCCAUCAUAUUUUGAUUUUAUACGAUUAAGAAAUUAUUUUGAAGAUAAUGAUUAUAAUUUUACCAGUAUAUGCGAAUAUACUUCUGCACCGGAUGUGACUAGAGCAAGAGCGCAUUUUUUUAAUGGGAAACGAAAUAUCAUGUUAUACACUGAACGAUUCCAUUUCUUUAGAAGGUGA